GAAGGAGAGGGAGGGAGGGAGGAAAGAAGGAGGGUCUGAGGCAGUGGCUUUAGGAGGGAGACACACCUCGGGAGCCCAGCAGACUUCUCAUCAUGAGUGUUGACUGGUUUGGCUUUGGUUAUGCUGCAAUUGUGGCUCUUGGAGGGGUCGUGGGAUACAUUCGCAAAGGCAGCAAAAUCUCAUUGAUUGUUGGUCUCUUCUCUGGCUUGAUGGCUGCUUAUGGUGCAUACUGGGUAACCCAUGAUCCCAGGGAUGUGAAGAUUUCAUUGAUUACUGCUUUUCUUCUGACCAUUGUCAUGGGAGUGAGAUUUAAGAGGACCAAGAAAUUAAUGCCAGCUGGAAUCAUAGCAGCUCUAAGCCUUCUGAUGGUUUUGAGACUUGUCCUUCGGCUGGUAUGAAUGACCAAAGCAGCAAGAAACAACGUUUAUAUCAUUCGAUGUGAACAAGCAAAAAUUUCAACGCUUCCCAUUCUCAGGGAUUUGGUUCCAGACCACCCCUCAUGCAGAUGGUAAAAAACGCAGAUGGACGUGUCCCAUAUUAUUCAGUGGCAAUUAUCCAUGGGCAGUCAAAUCUGCGGAUUCCCAGCCUGCUAUUACUAAGGGUCCACUGUAAUGUCUCUAUAAAUCAAGUACCCAAAGGCAGUGUUACUCCUUGUAGAUUUGGAACUAGAUUCUUCAAAUUACAUUGUGUUUUUAGUGCCAUUUUCCUGGCAUCUGUGUUUUUGCUUACAGUGGUAACUAGUUUGUUCUUUUAAAAAUCUUAAUUCUUUAUAUGCUAAGGAGCUUUCAAUUCUACCUUUCUCCCACAAAAGAUAAGUGGGGGUCACAGGGCCUUUGAAACUCAGGUUAGUUGUAUUUAGUGGGCACACAAUUUGUAUAAAGUCCCAAAUAACAAUUUUUGGAGAACAUGUUAUGAAGCAAUGUAAUAUGGAUCAUGUAAUAUAUUGCUGCUCACUUGCUGACAAUUUAUUAAGUUUUGUCUCAGUAGCACCAGAAAGAUCUUUAUUUUGGAAACGCAGUAAUGCUUGUCUCCUAAAAUCCAACAUGUAUAAACUGCCAAAAACCUGAAAUAAAGAAAUUUCAAUACUUUGAAGCCA